AUGGAAGCGGAUUAUUCGCAGCUGCCGGAGGACAUAGUAGUGAAGAUAGCGAGGGAGCAUUUUGAGACGACUUCACAGCUAUUCUCCUUCUCCGCAGUUUGCAAAUCCUGGAGAUCCAUUGCUCUCCGACCCCGAAAUUACCGGUACGGCGGCUCUCUGCCCGGCCUCCCAGGCCUCCUCAUUGCCGAUGGAGAAUCCGGCGAGCAUGAGUUCUCUCCUGUCACCAUGUUCCACACCAGCCAGCCGCUGCCACGCGUCACGAUCCCUCUCGGUCCCAACCUCCCCACCAACAAUCCUGAAGAAGAUCGGAUGAACAAUCCGUGCCUGGCCUCAAAAGACGGGUGGGUCCUCGUAAUCCACCCCCGCCCGGUCCGAUUACACCUCCUCAACCCAAUCACACGCGCCUCCAUCGCUCUGCCCACUCUACGACCGACCCUUCACGACUUCCAUGAGACCUCUUUCAACUGUCAGCCGUCCGACUUCAUCGUGAGAGCCGUAAUCUCUUCUUCUCCCGACGACCACCGCAAAAACUGCUUCGUUUUCGUCAUAUUCAGCCGCUGUAUUAACCCUCGGCUGGCCUGGUGCAAGGUGGACCCGAGAGGACUUCUGGCUUGGAACUUUACCAGCAGCAUCCCUCGAGAUGUCGACAUCUGCGAUGCCGCCUUCUUCGGAAACAAACUUCACGUGCUCAGCGACGAUUCCGUCUACAUCCUCGACGGGCCUACUGCCGCUGUAAGAAAACUCCCUUUCUCUUCCGCUAUGUCAUCACUAGUCUACUGCGACGACGAGGGCGACGCCUACAUCAAUACCUUCCUCCAUUUGGCCCACCUUAAUGGUCACCUCCUAGUCAUCUUGCGCAAUUUCGCCCAAGAUGAGUAUCAUUAUAACCACGUCACGUUCCACGUGUUCAGAUUGGCAUUACAGGGAAGAGAUGGCGGCGGUGAAGUUGUGGAAUACUGCAUAACUAGUGAUUAUGAUUGGGAAGAAGCGAGGAGUUUGGAGGGACAUGCUUUGUUCUUGGGUUACUCCCAUGAGUCCAUCUGCCUGCCCGCCCCUUCAUCCAGCUGGGGUGACCGCAUCUAUUUUGCGUAUUCUUUCUAUUACGGCCAUUAUGAUCCAAGUUACGGCGAUGACUUUGGUCCAAUCAAUUGGCACCGAAAUGAUUGUGGGGUCUUCAAUCUUGUCGACCGGAAAGUCGAAUGUUUUGCUAGACGGAAUGGUCACAACCAGAACUACUUUUGGUUCUUCCCUAUGCCCUGGAAUAUCUGUGAGCAUACUAAACAUCAAGCGACGAAUGCCGAGAAUUGGAGGCGGUUGCUGCUUCAAACUAGUGCUAACAAUACCAGCAGAGGCAAGACUCAGAGUAGGAAUAAAACUAUCCGCAGAAAUAACAGCAAUAAUAUUAACAGCGCCAGUAGUACCAAUAAUCGUACUAGUAAUGCACCGGCCAUGAUCAGGGCAAAAGAAACAGUAAAGAAGACGAACAACAAGGUCCAACAACAACGGCAGAAUAAUAGCAAAGUCGGCAGCAACAGAUUUGAAGCUUUGUUACUGGUUGAGGAUGCAGACGAAGACGGACCCUAG